CCCGGCCGGCCGAGGCGCGGGCAGCAGCGAGUAGCAGCCAGCAGCUGACGGCAGGCCAUGGCGCUCUGACCGCCGGCCAGCCACCCACACGCGGACAUGCGGCCCCUCCUGGUCGCCGUCUGCCUGCUGCUCGUCUCGCCCAUCACCGGACACUGGUGGGCCGCGGGCAGUCACGUGGUGCUGGACCCGACCAUGAUCUGCAAGAAGACGCGGCGGCUGCGCGGCCGGCUAGCCGAGAUCUGCCGCAAGGAGCCGGCGCUGCUCAAGGAGAUCUCCAAGGGGGUGGCGCUCGGCACGCGAGAGUGCCAGUUCCAGUUCCGCAACCGCCGCUGGAACUGCACCGCCGUGCGCCGCAGCCUGCGCAAGGUGCUCAUGAGAGACACGCGCGAGACGGGCUUCGUGAACGCCAUCACGGCGGCGGGCGUGACGUUCGCCGUGACGCGGGCCUGCUCCAUGGGCGAGCUCAUCGAGUGCAGCUGUGACAAGGCCAUCAAAGGUAGCGGCCGCAUGGGACCGCUGCCACCCGAGCACCCGGCGUCGGUGCUGCCGCCGGGGGCGGCGGGGGCGUCAGCGGGGGCGCCUUCGGUGGCGGCGGCGCUGCCCCCGGGAGCGGGGGCGCACCAGCAGCUGCAGCAGCCGCAGCAGCCGGGACAGGCCGCCGAGGGCGAGUGGCAGUGGGGCGGCUGCGGCGACAACGUCAACUUCGGCUACCGCCGCUCCAAGGACUUCAUGGACGCGCCCUACCGCCGACGCUCCGACAUCAAGACUCUCGUCAAGCUGCACAAUAACGACGCCGGCCGCCUGGCGAUCAAGAACUUCAUGCGCACCGAGUGCAAGUGCCACGGGCUGUCCGGGUCGUGCACGCUGCGCACGUGCUGGCGCAAGAUGCCGCCGUUCCGCGACGUGGGCAACCGGCUGAAGGAGCGCUUCGACGGCGCCGCCAAGGUGAUCCCCAGCAACGACGGCCGCUCCUUCAUGCCCGAAGGCCCCACCAUCAAGCAGCCCGAGCGCACCGACCUCGUCUACUCAGAGGACUCGCCAGACUUCUGCCUGCCCAACCGGCGCACCGGCUCACUGGGCACGCAGGGCCGCGAAUGCAACGCCACCUCCCCCGGCGUCGACGGCUGCGAGCUGCUGUGCUGCAGCCGCGGCUACGACACGCGCGUCGUGCGCGAGAAGGUCAACUGCAAGUGCCGAUUCCGCUGGUGCUGCGAGGUCACCUGCAAGACGUGCGUCGAGCGCCGUUCCAUCAACACCUGCCGCUAGCCUGCGGGCUCCCGCCACUUGUGCCACUGUGGUUCCACUCUCGCGAUCCAGAAGCUGAUUGGUCGGCCACUUUCCAGGCAGCAGAAAUCCACAUUGUGCAGGGCAGGCAGAAUAAAACUAGCCCAGUGAAUAUUUGAUGCGCCUGAAGAUAGACAACACAGCUUACAUCAUUCGCCCGAAUGGUGUAAGUUGGGGUGCCUGCCUUAAGGCGCAUGAAAUAUCUUCCGUGCCAGAUCUAUUCUGCCCGUCCUGUGGUCGCUUCUAGCACUGCUUCAGUUUAUUUUGACAUCCUAAUGUAUACCUGAGAGCUUUGUACUUUUUUCAGAGUUCUGCUCUCUCGUGAACGUCUCGCAGCAAUGUUAAAGUGAGUGACGAUUAUAUUGACGAUACUUACUAUCUGAUAUAGUUCGCGCCAAUCGCACCUGUGCAGAGAGAGAAAGUGAUAGGGAAACGUGCAUUGGAUGAGAUUGGUGUUUGCAUGGCGGUAGUGAGGGCGCAAUCAAGCUCUAUAUUGCCACAACUGUGAAAUGUUGCUUCGGACAACAUCCACUAGAACUGCAUCCUAAGUGAAGAAAAGCCAGAUCGUAGCCUGGAGGAGAAUUUUUAUCGCCAUCAAGCGGCACUGACGGCCAGGCGUCCUGAGGUAGAUUAAAUCUCAUUAGCUGCUGGGGUCAGCUGAGGAUGAGAGGACAGGGGAGGGGGAAGGUAAUGUGCAGAAUCGUUCGAAACUGUGGGCAUCCAGCAGUAACUACGAGAAAAUGUCAAGAAAUAUCUGAGACUAGCUCGCGGAAACAUACACAAACACCAUUAAUAUAAUGUGGGCAAAAAAAAGAAAAAAAAGAAAUAAAAAACUGACCAAGAAGGUAUUUCACACACCUUAAGAAUGGCAACCCAACUUACGUCAUUCUCUCCUGGGGUGUAUGAUGUAACUAUUGUUGUCUAUCGUUAGGCGCAUGAAAUAUCUUCCAGUCCAAUUUUUUUUUUUUGGGGGGGGGGCGUAGCUUUAUUUUGCGCAACCUGUAGAUUCCAAGUUGAGUGCUGUCAGCGAAAUGUUCUGCUUCCACGCGCCACAAGAGCUAGGCACAUACUAAAUAUGAAAUUCGUCGUCAGUUUCUCCAUUUCCUUUCUCCUAUAAGCGACCGGUGGGGAGGCAAAUGACUGCCUAUGCUUCUCUAUGCCUGCUUUUCUGCACUUGAUAGUACGUGCUUGAACUACAGAAAUGCAAACAGUGAGCAGUAAUGAAAUUUACAUUCUAAUACUAGUUCUCUGAAUUUUUCGUUUAAUCUAUGACGGAAAGAACAUUUACUCCAACGAUUAUAAUGCAAGCACUUUUAAUACCUUCGUAAUACUUUUGGUGGCUUCCACCACUUCCUGAAGCUGAAUUUAAUGGGAAUAUCUUAUUUCUGAGGACGGCCAGUAACAGGUCGCAACAGAAUCUCAUACGUCCUACUCUUCACAAGAGCUCUAUUCGUCUCUAAAAUACUCCUACUCGACCUCCCUAAGCAUUUAGCUUGAUAUCACUGUAAAUUUACCAGUACAUGCAUAAAGGACGCGAGACGGUCUAGAAGUGUUCAAAAACAUUUUAUUGAAAUUUACCAGGCUAUUUGUUCUGUAUAUUAUACAGAGCCAGAAUCUGCAGUCGUACAACAGUUAUAGAAGAUACGGAGAGAAUCGGGAUGAGUAAGCAGGCAGUUUGUCCUGGACACGAUUUACUUGUUUUAUUUUGACCAAUUAUACAGCAUAACUUCAGCAGAAAUGGUUUACAAUGCAGUUGAUUUUUUUUUUUU